UCUUCUUUCUUUCAUUCGCUUGCCUGGUUCGAUUCGGCUCUCAACAUCACCCGGCAAAAGUUCAUCUGGACUCUUUAAACAACGUUAUGAGACGCUAAAAGUGCUGUAAAGUAUACACGACAACAACAUUUCCACUUUUUCGGAAGCACGUCGAGGAACUGGCCUGUACUAUUCAUCAGCGGACUUCCAAAUAUACGAUACAACCAAACUGGGAACGAAACGGGGGGAGAAAACUCAAAGUGGAAAGAGUUAUACAGCUGUAACGUGACGCGUCCCUAUCCAUUUCCAUUACCUGAUUUCUGGAAACUAUGCUGGAUGACUGAGUUAUGGAUUACGAAGAGCGUUCAAAAUUGCACGGAUUAUCCUGAAGAACUGCGAGAUUUUAUUCACUCUUAUGCACCUUUGCUAAACUCAUCUCGUCUCAUCUGCUCACGCGCUCACACCCUUGCGUUUCGCACCGCUGCUGAAGAUGUUGUCCAGGCUAAGUGAGUGGUUCUGGAAUGAGAGACUGUGGUUUCCGGAAGGGCUCGGCUGGGCUGACCUGGAGGAUCGUGAUGGUUUCACCUAUGCAAAGGCAGCUGAUCUCUGGGUCACCUUACCCAUCGCCCUCUGCUUUCUCAUCAUUCGACAGAUCUUCGAGAGGACAGUUGCCCUUCGACUCGCUGCCGCUUUGGGUGUUAAGGAGAAGGUCAGAGUGCGAGCGGCGCACAACCCCACGCUUGAGACGUACUUCAGCAACACGACCAAACAUCCCACGCAGAGUGAAAUUGAGACUUUAGGUAAAAAGACUGAAUGUACAGAAAGACAAAUUCACAGAUGGUUCCGGAGGCGAAGGAAUCAGGAUCGACCGAACCAGCUUAAGAAAUUCAAAGAGGCCAGUUGGAGAUUUACCUUUUACCUUCUUGCAUUCAUUGCUGGCCUUGCUGCCCUUAUUGAUAAACCAUGGCUGUACAAAAUGGAGGAAAUGUGGAAUGGCUUUCCAAUGCUGACGCUAUUGCCAUCUCAGUACUGGUACUACAUGAUUGAACUGGGAUUUUACAUAUCCCUGCUGUUCAGCGUAGCAUCUGAUGUCAAGCGAAAAGACUUUAAAGAGCAAAUACUUCACCAUGUUGCCACCAUCCUGCUGAUAAGUUUCUCUUGGUGUGUGAACUACAUUCGAGCAGGAACUCUCAUUAUGCUGGUGCACGAUACCGCAGACCAUCUGCUGGAGUCAGCCAAGAUGUUUAACUACGCCGGCUGGAGAAAAACAUGCAACUACAUUUUCAUCAUCUUUGCCAUGGUCUUCAUCAUCACCAGACUUGUAAUCUUUCCAUUCUGGAUCUUGCAUUGUACCUGGGUGUAUCCUGUGACUGUAUAUCCCCCAUUUUUUGGAUAUUACUUCUUUAAUGGGCUGCUGUUUGUACUGCAAUGUCUACAUAUCUUCUGGGCUGUUCUUAUUUUGCGUAUGGCCAUCAAAUUCCUGCCAGCCAAUAAUAUUGUAGAAGAUGAGAGAAGUGACAGAGAGGAAACCGAUUCAGAGGAUGAGGAAGAAGAGAAAGAAAAGAGGGCACCGACGAAAAAUGGACCAGUGCAGAACGGCCACCCACCCCUAAACAACAACCAUCACCGUAAGGGAAAGUGAUGCUGAGGAGGUACAGCAAUCCCGUACAUGUGGACCAGACCAACAUACAAAAACCAGAAGUGAUCCAUGGAUUGAAAAGACCAACAACACACGCAUGCAAAUCUUUUGCAGUCAUACUUCAAAAACACUGAUCUCUAAUAAUGAACUAUUUAAAACACUAUUAACAAGCUAUGUCAGUAAAGAAGCAUUUUUUCAACAAAAAUGUUUAAAUCAUUUAGGGUCUGUUGAUAGUUGUCAAACAUGCACAUCCUUCCCAGUGUUUAAUAUAUUUACUGCCUAAUUGUGAAGUAGUGCAUAUUCUUUUUUUACAAUUUAUGCCAUUUUUAUUUUUGGGCAUCACACAAAUUUGGCCAACUUUCAGAUUACCCCAGCGGAUGUUGAAGUUGGCGGAAACUGGAAUUGUACCCAUACGCAUUUUUAUUUUACAAUUACAGUCUCACCAAGUGACCUUUAAGCGCCUGCCUUUCGUGGUUCAGUUUAAUUGAACCGGUCGCACAGCUUUAAUCUUCCUUACCUGCCUGUUGCGCAUAAUAUUUGUCCGAUGACUGUCGCUGUUGUGUUACUGAGAAAACGUUUGUCCGAGAGUCCGAUAUUUCGGUUUAUUGUGUGUCCUGUAAUACAUUUCUUGUUUAAACAAAUCAUUUUAGCUAUUUGUUUAGGUUUUUUACUGUUUUCCGUUAGUUUACAUUUAAUUUUUUUAUUUAAGAUUCAGAAGUUUUUGAAUUCAGCGAGGCUGAUAAUUUAUGCAGUAGUUUCUAAGCAGGAAAACCUUUAGCCAAUACUUUGUCUCUUCCAUUUAUAUAAUGAAUGAUUAUAUUAAUAAUCAUUUUUUGGUGCUGGAUGCACCUUGUAACUCUUUAUCAUUUGUAAAAAAUGUACAAUGCAUUAUAAUAAUCAACAAGCUAUUUACUGUAUUUGAAAUCUUGACUUGCAUUUGUAGUGUUACCAGAAAAUACAUUCAAAGUUGACCCAGUAUGUACUAAAGUAUAUACUAUUUUUGCUUUAUUGUCUACAGCCCUCAAUUAGAAAGCGUUAAGCCUAAAAUGUCAUUUAACAGUCAGGUCAGUUAUAUUUUCUUUUUUUUGUUUGUUUCUUAUUAUAAAUUUAUUGACAGGUUUACAUAUUGUGUUCCUGAAUCAAAGAUAUAACUUCAAUGCAGUUGUUCAUCGUGCAAGAAAUGCAUUGCAAGUGAAUCGGCUUUACAAAUUCUUGUAAGUUUCCAAAUGUUUUCGCAAGUGCCUUAUUUGUAAAACGCAUGUUUGUGUUGCUUGUCCCGCUUGUCCCAUGUAUUUCCCUCACGUCAUCAUCUCUCUACCUUCAAUGUUAAACUUUUCAAACCAUGCCACUCUUUUUGUUUGUUUGUUUUUGUUUACAUCAUUUAUUUUCAUCCCUUACGGCUUAGUGCCAAGACCAACACGCUCCCUAAAGGGUCCACUGCACAAACACAAAGAAAAACGAAGCUGCCAGUGUUUUUUAUGUUGUUUUUUGUAUCGACGUUAUUCAAGGAUGUAAGAUAAAGACUCUUGUCGAUGAAGGACUUAGCCAUUGAUUUGUAUGUGUGGAGAAACACUGUGUAAAUAUUUUCCUAAAUAGGCACAACUGUUGUAUGUAUCGUUCAAAAAGCAACAUAACACUAUGUAAGUAUGUUAAGAUGAUAUCACAUACUAGAAUCCUAAAAUGUAGCAUUAUGUACAUUUCAGCAUAGUGUAAACUGCACAUAAUACUAAUGCCAAAAAAUAUUCUGUUACCCAAACAAAUAAAACAUGAGCCUUCAAUGUUUGCCAUCCGAAUAUA